AUGUCGGCCUUGAAGGAGAUUGCGGAGGCGGGCGGCGAUCAGUUGGCGGAUUUGAAGUUGGUCAAGUAUGCCAUUGUUGUGGCCGCUACAUGGACUUGGGCAGAGAUAUGCGUGAAGAUGGAGGAAGAGAUCACCUACAUUUGGCCUUCCCGCAUAAGUUUCAUGAAGGUCCUCUACCUUUAUAAUCGUUAUUCGCCUGUGGUGGACACGACAUUAGCGCUUGCAAGUUCUCUGAGCAACGUUGGUAAUCACAGGUUGUGCACAACCGAGUUUCAAGUCUUGGCAUUCUCUUACGCCACCGGGUCCUUUGCCUCGGAACUCAUUCUGAUAGCACGGACGCUCGCUCUUUACAACUUCCAGCCCUAUGUCAUCGCUCUCAUGUGCGCUCUCGUUGUCCUCACGGUCGUCCCAACUGCUGUGACAUCCAUUAAAUUUCUCUUCCCCCUCCCCUAUCCUGGUGACGACAUUAUCAAAAUUACCGGAUGCAUGCCGAGUGUGGACGAUAUCGAUUCGGGCUGGGUGAUCUACACCUGCCUCUUGAUCUCUGAAACCGGGAAGCGUCAUCUGCACUGUGAUCCUUUGAUAGCCAUGCUUACGUCGCUUCUUCCCGCAGUCAUCGUCUUGUUGACAUUCUUUCGACAGUGGCAGACCGCCAUAGAUAGAGAGGGCCCGUUCCGCCGGCUGUUCCGCUGGGGUGGACCGAGCACGCAAACAGACUCUACCAUGUCUGUGCCGCGCUCACACCGGUCCCCGCUCGUCAAGACCAUGUAUCGGAACACCCGCCCUCCGCUCGUCGUGCAGAUGCCGCUCCGCGCGGUGCACGCUUCGCUGUGCACGCGCGUCCUCCUCAACCUCCGCCAGGUCGCCACCCAAGGCACCUCGCGCACGAUGCCGACUUUACAAUCGCGACCCUCAGCCACAUCGCGUUCCGCGAUCCAGACUCGGAGGGGCGCACACGUCUUGGGACUUGAGGAGCAACUGCACGCAGCGAGCGGGUGGGGCGACAACACCCGCGUCGAGCUCGAGCUCGGGCUGUCUCAAGCCAUAGGCGCUUGA